UGCGAGAGAUAUUUUGGGCGGUCUCUCGCUGUAGGCGGCGUGGCGACUUAUCUCACCGACAAGGGCUUCUAUGUAAACUGAGGCAAAACUAAUACAGAUGAAACUCAAGAGCACAUUCACAAAAAAUGCUGGCAAUUUUGAUUGCUCCAGGAGACGCGGAAUCCUCGGGAGCAACACGCGCCUGCACAUGUGGUCUAUUCUUUAUUUUUGUUAUUUAAAGUAAGAUUGUUGAUGCUUGGAAUCAGAGUGCUGCAUUGCAUAGUGACUUGUCCGGCUAUGUUUAAUUGAUUAUAUUACAAUAUAAUAUUAUUAUACUGUUGCGCAAUAUUGUAACCCAAUAUAGGCUUAUUUCGUUUAAGGCAGUGGUACUGUUUGUUUUCAAUAGUGCGUAGUGCCUAUUUGUGCAGAAAUGAGGAAUCCACAUCUACUCAGCGAUGGCUGGAAGACAAUCAAUGCAAAGGAUGCAACUGGGAAUAAAAAGUUUAAACGGAAAGGUCGGGACCCAAAACGUGUCACCAGUGACGAGGUCAAACAUUACCAAUAUGAUUCAAUAAUGGACGACGAUUCUAUGGGGGAACUGAUGGAAGAGACAUGUAGAAACAUUGUCCAAAAAAGACUGCAAGACCCUAGUUCAGUUCUAUCUGUGGAGAAAUCCAUAAUUACAUCUGGAAACCCGAAUACUGCUAUUGACAUGAGGAUAAAUGCUUUACCAUCAACAGUUACUGGGAAGCUCCCAUCAUCACAGUCACAGCCUUUAACCGAGUCAACACCGACAAGCAGAGACUCUUUUAACAGCACAUUCCCACAGGUUACAAGUUAUGGCCAUCAACAGUCAUUUGGGUCCGAUCACACAUUACAGUCCCGGAUCGUCCUGUGCCAGCGCUCCGAGAAGUCCCUCUCCUCAGCCUCUCAGACCGCCUACAUCAAUAGCAGCGACCCGGUUGAAUCGCCAAGGAAACGGCUAGCAGAAACUUCUGGCGUCGUCACUGAGAUCAAAGCCGUUCAGCAGACACGGAGGCUACUGGCGAAUGCCAGAGAGAGGACCCGGGUGCACACCAUCAGUGCAGCCUUUGAGGCGCUGAGAAAGCAGGUGCCCUGCUACUCCUAUGGACAGAAGUUGUCAAAGCUGGCUAUAUUAAGAAUUGCCUGUAACUACAUCCUGUCGCUGGCUCAGCUGGCAGACCUGGACUACACCCCAGAUCAUGGCAACAUGAGCUUCAGAGAGUGUGUGGAGCAGUGCACCCGCACCCUGCAGGCUGAGGGACGCUCCAAGAAGAGAAAGGAGUAAAAUUCUCACAGCAUCGGUGGAGUGAGCCAGACUUUAUAACAAGGCCCUUGAACAAAAUAAACUCUUCACAGCUGUUAUUGAGGUUAUUCAAGGCCACUCCUGGAGGAGACUACAACCAAUCACUUAGACAUACAGUAUGAUGGACCUAAUUUCAUAGGCCUACUUGAUACCUGUUGAGCUAGCAAAAAUAUCAAGAAUCUCCAGUUAUGGAUAUGUUUCUGCCUGUCAUGAAUUGGAAUGAAUCUAAUUUGGUUUAUGUUUGAACAGUUAAAAGUGGGAGACAGCAUUGGAUGUUCUUUAAGCAAACAAGCAAACAUGCCUGGUGGAUGACAUCAGAUUGUUCAAUCAUAUGACAAUUGGAGGCAGAGACAGCAGUAAUUAUAACAGUGAUUAUAACAGUUUUAUUCAACUAUGAACCCCAAUGCCUUUUCAAUGACAUACAAGUUGUUGUUUUUGUUGACAGUAUGAUUGGUAAUUCCUGCUUGAUGGAAGCUACAGUAACUAGUGAAAGUGCUAGUAACAUAUAUUUGAUUACAACAUAACUUGAAAUGACACAGUAAUGGUAUUUUAUUCCAACUCUUUUUAUGUGUUGAAGUAUGAAUGAGGUAAAAUUGGUUAUUGUCUGCUACCUGAGCUCAGUAUUUAAAAACAUUUAAAAGUGACCUCCUUUUCCCUUUCAGCUGGCCCUUUCUAAUGACAAAUCUCUGACUGUUGUGUGCUCAUCAAGUACUUUUUAACCAAAAAUAAAGGAACUGUUGUUAAUUUA